UUUUUUAAUUUUUAAUUUUUUCCAUUUCUUUCUCGGUCAGUCACUCGGAGCCAGCCAGCCUCUGCACCUCAAAAAAGGCCUUCAUCUCUCAGCUUCUUUCAUUCUUUCUUCCAUGGAAACCACUCCAAAACGCACCGUUCUAGCUUUCCCAUAUCUUCAGUUCUUCUUGUAAUUCUCCUGGUGAUUCUUCUUGUCACAUUCAAUGUACCCAUAGUGAAAAAUUGGUUGCUUUUCUCAGUUUCCUAGUUUUCCCCUCUUCUGGGUUGGUUUUCAUCUCUACAUUGAAUUCAACUGUCUUGUAGAUUGGAUAGUUUAAGAUUAAACACAUCCUGGCAAAAUACUAGUGUUUCUGCAACAAUGAUUCUUGGUUUGAAUGCAAAGAACCGGAGAGGGCCUAUGGUUCAUGUUGAUUAUCUAAUCCACAUUCAGGAGAUUAAACCUUGGCCCCCAUCACAGUCACUGAGAUCACUUCGUUCUGUCCUGAUUCAGUGGGAAAAUGGUGAACGUAGUUCGGGGUCUACCAAUUCUGUUUCACCCACACUUGGUUCCAUUGUUGGUGAGGGAAAAGUUGAGUUUAAUGAGUCAUUUAAGUUACCUGUGAAUCUAGUGAAGGAUAUGUCUGUUAGAGGCAGGGAUGCUGAUGUGUUCCUGAAGAAUUUCUUAGAAUUUAACUUGUAUGAGCCUCGAAGGGAAAAGAUCCAGCUGUUGGCUACUGGCAUUGUGGAUUUGGCGGAAUAUGGUGUUAUCAAAGAGACAUUAGACAUUACCGUUCCAAUGAACAGCAAGAGGAGCUUUAAUAACACUGCUCAGCCAAUUUUGUUUAUUAAAAUCGAUCGAAUUUAUAAGGGUCGGAACAGCUCUUCAUCAAGAGGCAGCCUGUCAAAAGAGCUGUCAGUGGAGAGGAAAGGAAGUGAGUCUGCUUCUUCUCUGAUGGAUGAAGAAUAUGCUGAGGAAGCUGAGGUUGCUUCACUCACUGAUGAUGAUGUUACUUCACACUCAUCUCUGACUGUUUCUUCUUCAACUUUGGAAUCUAACGGCAGUUCACUUCCUCGAAAUGAAGAGAAUGGAUCAGUCACUGAUGGCAAGGGAGGAGUUAAAGGGGAACAUUCCUUGGCGUCCAAGUUGCACCUGGAAAAAACAAACGCAGCCACACAGAUCACACAACGUGAAAGCAUUAAGGGGAAUCCUUCUUGCUCAUCAUCAACAGACUUAUCAUCUGACUUUGAUAGCUCAGCAGAUGCUUAUGAUUCCAGAUCUAACACUUAUAGUUCCAAAUCACCUGUACGAGAUAAUGUUGUUACCCAUAAAGUUCAUUUGUCUUCAUCAUCCUUGGCUAAUGAAAAUACACAGGAUGAAACUGUUACCAGCAUGAGAAGCAAUGGUCAUGGAGAUUUAUCUCAAAAGGUUUAUGAAAUCGUUGCCAGUAAAGGAACCAUGGUUAGGUAUGAUGGUCAAAGUAAGAAAGAUACAUCUGCUAGUUCUAAGGCCAUAUUGGCAUCCUCAGCUAACAGUCCUCAGGUUGAUGAGCAGGAUACUAAAAAUUUUAGUGAUUCUCUGGUUGAUGGAGAAGGUGAUAGCAAAGCUCAAAGAAAUGGCAAAAUUUCCUCCGAGGAGGCUUCAGCUACUAAUGAUGCAUAUAAUAAUUCUUUGGAAGGAAACUCAGGAUAUGAUUGGCAAGAAAAUGGACAUGAAGGACAACACCUGGAAGAGAAAAGAUAUUCUACUGAAGAUGAACAAUUGAAUAUCUAUUCGCAAGAUAAUUCUUUAAGCCAGGGGAAUCUUGGAAUAAAGGCCAAUGUCCUAAAAGGUGACAGACUAAAGCAUGUCAAGUCUGUUCGAUCUUCAUCAGACUCAGUUAGGGGCAAUGGUUUAUUUGGCAAUAACCAGCAUGCUGAAUUGAAGGAAGUUGGUGUUCUGGUCGAUGCACAGCAUGGGGCUGGAACCGUCAGAAGCAAAUCAACGAAUGAAAGGAAAGAUGCUAAGGUCUACCCCAAGGAUGCUAGAAGUGCUAUUUUGGAUAACAAAAUGCAGCAUUUGGAAAACAAGAUAAAGAUGCUUGAGGGAGAGUUGAGAGAAGCUGCUGCCAUUGAGGCUGCUCUGUACUCAGUAGUUGCAGAGCAUGGAAGCUCCAUGAGUAAGGUGCAUGCUCCCGCUCGGCGCCUUUCUAGGCUUUAUCUUCAUACUUGUAAGGAAGGCUUCCAAUCAAGGAGAGCGAGUGCAGCUAGAAGUGCUGUUUCUGGACUUGCUCUGGUUGCAAAAGCAUGUGGAAAUGAUGUUCCAAGGUUGACAUUUUGGUUGUCAAACUCUGUCGUGUUGCGAGCAAUUAUAAGCGAAAGUAUUGGAGAUUUGGAGUUACCACUUUCUGCUGGACCCAUAGAAAGAAAUAGAGGUGGAAAGGGGAAGAACCAUGUAUCAUCUCCUUUGAAAUGGAAAGAGUCCUCUCCUAUCAGAAAGGAUAAUAAACUUGUGUCAUAUGGAAGUUUUAGUGACUGUGACAACCCACUUGCCUUUACUUUAGCCCUGGAAAGGGUUGAAGCAUGGAUCUUUUCCAGAAUCAUCGAGUCUGUCUGGUGGCAGACCCUCACCCCACAUAUGCAGUCAGCGGCUAGAAAAGAAAAUGAUAGACUUGUGGGAUAUGGCUCAAGUAAAAGCUAUGGGAGGAUAUCUAGUUCAAGUGAUCACGACCAAGUGAACUUUUCAUUAGACCACUGGAAGAAGGCUUUCAAGGAUGCCUGUGAAAGACUUUGCCCGGUUCGAGCUGCAGGUCAUGAAUGUGGCUGCUUGCGUCUGAUAUCUAGAUUGAUAAUGGAGCAAUGCGUGGAUAGAUUAGAUGUAGCUAUGUUCAAUGCCAUUCUUCGUGAUUCUGGUGAUGGGAUCCCCACUGAUCCUGUGUCUGACCCCAUUAGUGAUCUUCUGGUGCUUCCCAUUCCAGCUGGGAAGGCAAGUUUUGGCACUGGUGCACAACUGAAAAAUGCGAUAGGUAACUGGUCUAGAUGGUUGACUGACCUCUUUGGUAUAGACGACGAUGAUUCAGCCGGAGAUGAGAAUGAGCAGGAUGACAGUGACGAGCAACAAGACACAUCCUUAAAGUCUUUCCAUCUUCUUAAUGCAUUAAGUGAUCUCAUGAUGCUUCCCAAGGACAUGCUCCUAAGUAGACCUAUCAGGGAAGAGGUAUGUCCGACAUUUGGUGCAACACUGAUCAAGAGAGUUCUUGAUAACUUUGUCCCAGACGAGUUUUGCCCGGAUCCAGUUCCAGAUGCUGUGCUUGAAGCCCUGGAGGCUGAGGAUCCUCUUGAAGCCAGGGAAGGGUCUGUCACAAACUUUCCUUGUGCAGCAUCUCCUCCAGUGUAUACACCACCUUCUGCAACAUUUGUUGCUAGCAUCAUUGGAGAAGUUGGAGGCCAAUCUCAGCUGAGAAGAAGCGGGUCCUCAGUCCUAAGAAAAUCAUACACAAGCGAUGAUGAGCUUGAUGAAUUGAAUUCACCCUUGUCUUCAAUAUUCGUUGAUUGCUUCCGAUCACCUACUCAGUCAAAGCCUAACUGGAUAUCAAAGGGAAACGGCUACCAAAAUGCUAUCAGAUAUGAACUCCUAAGAGAUGUAUGGAUGAACUCUGAAUAAUUGUAGAUUAUAUGUUCAUUAGUAUAUAAAUGGUUGUUGACACUGCCUUUGUUUUUUCUUGAGCUGUAAAUUUGUAGAUAAGUUUUGGUUCGUUAUCAUAAAUUGGUUGUUUCUGUAUAAAGAGAAUAUUGCCUAUGCUUGUAGUUUUUACCAAAACGAUAAUUAAUGGAGGGUCUCUUCCAAAGUAACUUUUGAAGAGACAUUAACUUUUCUUUUGCUUAAUGAUUUCCAGAAGAAACUUCAAACAUUAUACGAGUAAAUGGCUGAUUGGAAUUAGAUGAUUUCGAUGCAAUUAGCAAUAAAAUGGGUGAAUGAAGAGAAUAAAAGAACAAAAGAGUAACAAUUAAUUAGGAAAACAAAUUUCUAUGGAAAU